AGUUUUUGGCUUAGUCAUUGGCUUUCCUGUGAAAAGGAAGGGAAAUUUCCUAGGAUGGGUGAUUCAAGACACACACUACAUUCUUGGAACCCACAGUACAUAAAGAAGUUUCUAAUGGCUGUUGUUGGAAUAUCUGUCAUAAUUUCACUCCUUAAUUUUAGUGCCAAAGGAAGAAUAAAUCAACCAAAACCAGCAAAGAUGGUUACCAUGCCAGCAUCUGUUGAGGCACCAACGGAGUAUGGACCUGACCUCUACAUUGGUUUAGGUCUUUCUAUAUCUUCGUCAGUGUUUAUAGGUAGUAGCUUUAUCAUAAAAAAGAAAUCUCUCCUAGCCUUAGGGAAGGCAGGAGGAACUCGGGCAGGGGCAGGUGGUUAUGGUUACCUCAGACAUUGGCUGUGGUGGGCUGGCCUACUGUCAAUGGGAUUUGGUGAAGCCUUGAACUUCAUUGCAUACGCUUUUGCUCCAGCCACACUAGUAACCCCUCUGGGAGCAUUGUCUGUCAUAGUUACAGCACUUUUGUCGCAGUAUUUCCUUGGUGAAGUUCUCAAUGUUUUAGGAAAGAUUGGCUGUUCACUCUGUCUUCUUGGUGCUACCAUGGUAGUUAUUCAUGCUCCCCAUGAGGUUGAAGUUACUAGUAUGGAAGAUCUUGCAGCCAAACUUGUUGAUCCAGUAUUUAUGGUUUAUGUAGCAGUUGUGGUGGCAAUCUCACUCGUCCUCAUAAUCCACUUUGGACCUCGACAUGGUCAUCGUAAUGUUGUCGUUUAUAUUGCUAUCUGUUCCCUCAUCGGAGGUUUCUCAGUGUUGGGGUGCAAAGCCAUAGGAUUGGCAGCUAAGGAAACAAUUAAUGGGACCAAUGAAUUCACUAACUGGAUCACAUGGUUCUCUUUGAUGAGUCUCGUUGUUUGUGUUUGUACUCAGAUGAAUUACUUGAACAAGGCCUUAGACAUCUUUAAUACAUCCAUUGUCACUCCCAUCUACUACGUUUUCUUCACUGCCUGUGUAAUCAUCUCGUCAGCUGUCCUCUUCAAGGAAUGGAAAGGACUCCCUGCAAAAGAUGUGAUAGGAGUCAUCUCAGGCUUCCUUACAGUUGUUAUCGGAAUCUUCAUUCUUCAUGCUUUCAA